UUUCUUAUUUUGUCGCCUUUGUUUCGGUUCCUUCACGGGUGAGAGCAAGAAGCCAGAAAGAACGAAGCCAUUGCAAAGCUUCGAUGCCUGUGGCCACUAUGCUUUGGAAUCAGGAAUCUACCAACUAAACCCUAGAUUCUUGAAAGACAGAUCUCAAAGACUAAGCCAAUUCCUAAUUCCCAAAUCCCUCCGCCAGAAUCCUAGCCUUCUGCCGCUAUAGCUGCAGCACACCAAUCCAUUUAAUGCUCAAAUUUGCCAUUCAGUUGGAGCUGUUUUAAACGAACAAUGGCAGGUUUAUCACGCAGCAUGCUUGCAUGCCUUCACACUGGACAGCUUGCUCUUUUGGCAAUUUUGGUAUCUGGUGGAAUUGCACUACAAAUCUUGGCAUGUGCUUUAUAUAAUAACUGGUGGCCUAUGAUAACAGUAAUAAUGUAUGUGAUUCUUCCUAUGCCCUUGAUGUUUUUUAUGGGAUCCAAAACCACCUCACUUAUGUCGAGUGAUGGAGAUGGCUGGGUGAACUUCACAAAGUUCUUAACAGGGGCUUCGGUGGUAGGAAGCAUUGCGGUACCCUCCAUCUUAAAGCAUGCUGGUUUAAUUGGUUGGGGAGCUCUUGCAAUGGAGCUCUCUUCUUUUCUUAUUUUUGCUGUGGCUAUUGUAUGGUUGCUCCAGAUGAGCAAUGAAGAUGGAUAUGCUAUGUUUUGAGAUUUCGGUUGUAAAUGCGUCAGUGUGAAAGAAAAUACUAUUGCAUUCUUUGACAUGUACAAGAGCAUGUUGUUAAUUGUAUUAAAAUUAUCUCGUUUUCAGCUCAGAUACAACCUAUUGAUGUUGGAAGUUUAUAUUUGUUAAUUCUUGAUGUUUGUGGCA